AUGUUGCUUCUCCCAGUAGUGGUCGCUCUCAUGAGCGCAUGCCAUGUGCAAGCAAAAGCAGUCUUCGCCCAUUUCAUGUUGGACAAUGUCGGUUCAUGGACUGUGGCGAACUGGCAGAGAGACAUCCGUCUAGCCCAGGACUCCCACAUUGAUGCUUUUGCCUUGAAUUUCGCCAACAGUGGUGGCGGCUACGCCAAUCAAAUGGCCAAUGCAUUCUCGGCGGCCAACUCCCUAGGCUUCAAACUGUUCUUCUCCUUUGACUACGCAGCCCAAGGAGCAUUUGCACAGCAGGAGGUGAUUAACGUCAUCAAUCAAUAUGGUUCCAAUGGCGCAUACUACAAAUACAACGGAAAGCCGUUUGUGUCGACUUUUGAAGGGCCUGGUAGCUCUGGUGAUUGGAAUGCAAUCAAGUCUCAGACUGGAUGCUUCUUCAUUCCCGACUGGUCGUCGCUGGGCGCUCAAGGAGCAAUUAAUCGCGGCGUUGUGGACGGCCUCUUCAGUUGGGAAGCGUGGCCCACAGGCCCGAACGACAUGACCACACAGCCAGACGAAUCCUACAAAAGUGCUCUUGCUGGUAAACCCUACAUGAUGCCUGUCUCUCCGUGGUUCUUCACCAACCUACCCGGAUAUGGUAAGAACUGGUUGUGGCGAGGUGACGAUCUCUGGUUUGACCGCUGGAAUCAGGUCAUGACCAUUCAACCAGACUUCGUCGAGAUCUUGACCUGGAACGAUUGGGGAGAGUCACAUUACAUUGCCCCUCUUGAUCCUAGCCAAUACGGGUUGUUCAACUCAAACAACGGCAAAGCGCCUUACAACUACGCUGAUAACAUGCCUCACGAUGGCUGGCGACAAUUCCUCCCCUACGUCAUCGAUAUGUACAAGAACGGCAAGGCUUCCAUCUCAGCUGAAGGUCUUGUCGCAUGGUACAGAAACGCUCCAGGUUCUGCAUGCUCUGAUGGAGGCACCACUGGUAACUCGGCGAGCCAGGGCCAGCAAACAUACCCGCCAGCCCAGGUCGCGCAAGACAAGGUCUUCUUCUCUGCACUGCUUACAUCUUAUGCCGACGUGACUGUGACCAUCGGCAGCACAACCCAAACUGGAACCUGGAGAAACACUCCUAGCGGCGGCUCUGGUAUAUACCAUGGCAGCGUUCCAUUCAACGGCCGCGGUGCUGUGACUGUCAAGAUUUCUAGAAACGGCAAACUCAUCAUGCAAAUGAACGGAGAUUCCAUCACAGACUCUUGUACCAACGGUAUCGAGAACUGGAAUGCAUACGUGGGUAACGUAAGCGCUACCAGUCCUGGAUCUGGCGGUGCAUCCACCUCAACUUCCAGCAAGGCA